CGAAAAAAUACCCAGCAAGUCGAGGCCCAAGAGCGGUCUGCUGCAGUCGCGAGAGCGCAAGUAAAGCAAACCGACGACAAACCGACGACGAACCGCACGCCCUGCAAGAUGCCGAAAGCACCGACUUCGUCGCUCUCCAACAAGAGGCGGCACAAUCCCCUCGAAGAUGACCUCCUCGCGACCGGGAUUCUCAAGAACAGAGAGGGGAGACCGUCGAAGCGGGCGGAUAGGAAGCAUGCCGAGGAGCAGCCUUAUGUCGAUGCCAAAGCCUCCCGAAAAAUUCUGGAGAUGAGCCGAGAUCUCAUCGACGAGGAGGAGCGUCAAUCAGGCUCAAAUGACAAGGGCGCAUCCAAGCCAUCCGCUUUUGAUUUCGACCCAUCCCGCUUUGAGGGGACCAGCGACCGGGAAGACGAGGAGUUCACCAACGAGGAGGCCUGGGGUGACGAGGAGGAGGAAGUGGAAGAAAUCGAAGUGGACGCGGCCGAUCUCGACACAUUCAACCGGUUUGUCGCGCCGACAAUGAACGACGACCCCCUCCUCACUCACGGCUGGGACGGAAAACCGGGCGACGGCGCGCAAGAGCAGGGUACGGGAACGAAUCUUGCGGAUCUAAUUCUCGCUAAGAUUGCCGAGAAGGAGGCGCAGCAGGGUGGGCAGCAACAGGACCAGAACCCGGUUGAGGAGGACUAUGAGAUGCCACCCAAGGUGGUCGAGGUCUUCACCAAGAUCGGGCUUAUUCUUGCUCGGUACAAGUCCGGGCCCUUGCCGAAGCCCUUCAAGAUCCUGCCACAAAUCCCCCACUGGGAAGACAUACUUCAGAUUACGCGCCCGGAUCUCUGGACUCCCAAUGCCUGCUAUGCUGCGACUAGGAUCUUCGUCUCGGCCAAGCCCGUAGUCGUCCAGCGGUUUAUGGAGAUGGUAAUCCUGGAGCGUGUCCGGGAGGAUAUUUACGAGCAUAAGAAGCUCAAUGUCCACCUGUUCAACUGCCUGAAGAAGGCUCUUUACAAGCCUGCAGGCUUUUUUAAGGGAUUCCUGUUUCCUCUGGCUGCAUCUGGCACCUGCACAUUACGUGAGGCCCAAAUCGUUUCGGCUGUACUAGCCCGCGUCUCAAUCCCGGUCCUUCAUUCGGCAGCCGCCAUCAAGACACUGUGCGAUAUUGCUGCAGAGCAGGCCUCACAGCAAUCCGAAUGUGUCAGCGCGACCAACUACAUGCUCAAAGUUCUCUUGGAGAAGAAAUAUGCCCUGCCGUGGCAAUGUGUGGACGCGCUGGUUUUCCAUUUCCUCCGGUACGCCUCAACCGCCAGCCCCGGAGGAGAUUCGGCUCCCAAGACCUUGCCCGUGAUCUUCCACCAAUGCAUGCUUGCGUUCGCACAGCGGUAUCGCAAUGAUAUCACUGAAGACCAGCGAGAAGCCUUGCUGGACCUCCUCCUGAACCAUGGUCAUGACAAGAUUGCCCCCGAAAUUAGGAGGGAACUGCUUGCCGGGCGAGGCAGAGGUGUCCCGAUCGAACCGCCUAAACCAGCAUUCGAUGGUGACGACACGAUGCUUGUUGACUCAUGAAGAGAGGUAUCGGGUUCGCAAUCGUUAUGUGAUUGGCGAACACGCUCAGCGCUCAGUUCAAUUAUGUCUGGAGACAUCCAGUGUCAGAUCACCGAUACACUCGCCGCGCGGGUGUUGAGGUUUGCAUCAUUUCAGCAUUUUCAGCACAAGACGAGGCGAAGUCACGGAGUGCUUCAUCACGACAUGCCGACCAUCAGCUCGGCUUCGCGGGAGGAUUGCGGCUCUCUAAACUGGACAACGCUGCCCAGU